ACCAGAUGCAGCACGCUGUGGAAAUAAAGCACGACAUCCAGCGACCUUUUUUGCGAACAAGACCAGAUCAACAUGUACCAGCCGAGGAUCACGGCCACAGCGGGGGAGUGGGUCGCGCCAAGGAGAAACCAGCGGAGGGGGCUCCAUCCCAGCGCAUGCAGAAAAAGCUGGCGGCAAAGCAGCUCCUUCCCAGGACUCGCUCACUUCCCGACGCAGUGGGUGCAGAACACGACAGCAUUGCUGGAGGAGGGCCACGAGGUCGAGUAAGGUAUGGCAGCUCAUAUAUAAUAAAGCGAGUGAUUUGAUGAUUUGUAUAGGUGCAGUAUAUUACACGAAGUUCAUGAUUGUGGUGGACAAAAUUUGGAAUUUGAGCUGCAGGCUUUCGUGGCCAUUUUCAUUUUCAACAAAAACGUGAAGAACUGCAAGAAAAAGAAACACGAAAAAGAAAUCAAAAAAUCUUAUGUUCGUAUAUCAAACAGUUCCGCGAGCAGCUCUGUUUAUUCCCUGGCGUCUUCUUCGCUGCCACACGAAAGACAACACCUGCAGACCUGUCCAGCUACACCUUCCCCAGAGGGGGCACGCGAAUUUUUCCAAACGCAUGGGGGUCCUCCAGCUUCAAGAACUGCAACGCCCUCCGACGAGCGUGUCAUCUUGAACUCCCCGCCUGGAACGGGAACUGAUGCAGGAGCAGCAGGACCGCGUGCUCCUGCUGUGCAGCACUCCAUCGAUUUAGAGAUUCAAUUGCUGCAACAACGCCUC